CUCGAAGUAGCAUAACCCAUUGUUCCAAUUCCACUUCAAAAGGUUUAAACCCUCGAACACAAUAUUUUGAAAACAGUUUCAUUUUUUUUCUGUGAGAAAAGAGACCGUCUUCUGUUUCUCCCUCCUCUUGGUAUCCCCUUCUACAAGUUGAAGUACCUGAAUGGCGGGAGGUGGUGCAGCUCCUGGUGCGGCGGGGGCUUCCGUGAGAAUCGUGGUUGCCGGAGAUGCAAAAACGGGAAAGUCGAGUUUGAUACUUACGGCGGCCGCAGAGAAUUUUCCGAGCAAUGUGCCGCCGGUUCUGACACCCACAAGGCUUCCGGAGGACUUGUACCCAGACCGUGUACCUGUCACCAUUAUUGAUACUUCGUCCAGCCCUGAGAAUAAAGGGAAGCUUGUUGAAGAACUGAUGAGAGCUGAUGCAGUUGUUCUAACAUAUGCAUGUGAUAGGCCCGAAACACUUAAAAGAUUAAGCACGCACUGGCUUCCUGAACUUCGACUAUUAGAGGUUAAUGUUCCGGUUAUUGUGGUCGGUUGCAUGCUGGAUAAGAGAGGUGACCAACAGCCUGUUAGUCUGGAGCAGGUUAUGUCACCUAUAAUGCAGCAGUUCCGGGAGAUUGAAACUUGUAUUGAAUGUUCUGCUGUAAAUCAUAUUCAGAUUCCUGAGGUUUUCUACUAUGCACAAAAAGCUGUGCUUCAUCCCACAGCUCCACUAUUUGAUCAGGAGCAACAAGUUCUCAAACCUAGGUGUGUGAGGGCUUUGAAAAGAAUCUUUAUUCUUUGUGAUCAGGACAGGGAUGGCGCCCUCAGCGAUGCUGAGUUGAAUGACUUUCAGGUUAAGUGUUUCAAUGCCCCACUACAACCAUCUGAGAUAGUGGGUGUUAAAAGGGUUGUGGAAGAGAAAUUGCGGGAAGGUGUCGAUGAUCGUGGUCUGACAUUGACAGGCUUUCUAUUUCUCCAUGCUCUUUUCAUCGAGAAGGGGCGUUUAGAAACUACAUGGACUGUGCUAAGGAAAUUUGGAUAUAACAAUGAAAUUAGGCUUCGUGACGAUCAAUUACCACCAAUAAAGAAAUAUCCUGACCAGAGUGUGGAGCUAACAGAUGAAGCUGUGGAGUUCCUCAAAGGGAUCUUCAUUACGUGCGAUGUUGAUCGUGAUGGAGCUCUUCGAUUUGCUGAGCUUGAAGAUCUGUUCUCGACUGCACCAGAAAAUCCUUUCCAUAAAGCUCCAUAUGUCGACGCUUCAGAAAAGACUGCUCUUGGUGGACUGUCAUUGGAUGGAUUUCUCUCGCUGUGGGCACUUAUGGCGCUUCUGGAUCCGAUUCGUAGUUUGGAGACCCUGAUAUAUAUAGGUUAUGGUGGCCAUCCUUCAUCCGCUAUACGGGUAACUCGAAGAAGACGUUUAGAUCGUAAAAAGCAGCAAUCAGAAAGAACAGUGUAUCAGUGUUUUGUUUUUGGACCAAAAGAAUCAGGGAAAUCUGCUUUGCUUGAUACAUUCAUUGGAAGGCCUUUCCGUGAAAAAUAUGUUCCAACAACUGGUGACAAAUACGCUGCUAAUGUCUUCGAUCAACUGUCAGGACUUAGGAAGACUCUGGUGUUGAGGGAAAUCCCUGAGGAUGGAGUGAAAGAGUUACUAUCUAAGAAGGAUGCAUUGGCUGCAUGUGAUGUUGCAUUGUUCGUUCAUGACAGUUCUCGUGAGUCUUCCUGGCAGAAAGCAACAGAAAUGCUUGUGGAUGUGGCGAGUCAAGGGGAAGCUACUGGUUAUGAGGUGCCCUGUCUCAUAGUUGCUGCUAAGGAUGACCUGGACUCUUACCUGACAGAGAUUCAAGAUUCAACAAGGGUAAGCCAGGACAUGGGAAUAGAGGCUCCUAUCCCUCUCAGCACAAAGCUGGGAGACUUGAGCAACAUAUUCAAUAAAAUUGUGAGAGCAGCCGAACACCCACAUUUAAGCAUUCCUGAGACAUCAGCCGGGAAAAGCCGCAAGCAAUAUCACCGGCUUAUUAAUCGCUCUCUACUGUUUAUAUCAGUUGGAGCAGCUGUUGCUGUUGUUGGGUUGGGCGCAUACCGUGUUUAUGCUGCAAGGAAAAGUUCUUCGAGUUAAGAGAAGGUUUCUUUUUAGUUUGUGCACCUUUUCAUUUUGUUUUUCUCCUGGUGAGCUGCGGGCUAGCAAGUGGUUUCUGCAGUCGGCUUUGUAGGUAAUGCAACACGAAUAUCAUUACUAGCCAUGUUGGUGAUUUUUUCCUUGGGUCGUGUUCCCCCUGUAUGAACAAUCUAGUAAAAAUGGCGGGUUGAUUUUCUGGACGAAAAUGUGGAUGAAAUUACUGCAUUUGCAUAUGAUAAUCUUUUGUAGCAGAAUAAAGAUACUGUAGCAUGGAAUAUUGAUGUAGCAUGGAAUAUUGAUGUCUGGAUCUUGAGGAUUACUGAUACUGUGGCAUCAUGAUUCAUGUUUUUAGCCUUACUGAUUUUUAG